AUGCCGCCACCUCCGCACCUCGCCGCCGCUAGCCCGAGGAUCGCCGCAGCCGCGUUCCUCGAUGGGUCGUCCCGCCGUCGGCCCCGCCACCGCGGCGCGAUGAUGUCCGUAUCCUGCUGCGGCGUCGCGGCGCUCGCCUCCCUCCUCGCGGUGGGCGCGGCCACCGCGUGCCUCACCUUCUCCCUCCCCUCCACCCAGCGCGCGCCUUCGACCAAGGAGUUCACAGGGGAGCUAUCCGCCCGGAGGUCCGCACCGCCACCGCCACCAUCGUCGGCACCUUCCACGCCCGCUGCGACGCCACCUCCUCCCCAGACGUUACCGUCGACGCCGCCGCCCGCGGCGAGGCGCCGGAAACGAGAGGUGCGGCUACGCGCGCGAGAUGAUGUUGCGACUCUAUAUGCCAUUGUGCAUUCGUCGUGA